AUGCUCCUCUCUGUGCUUUCCGCGACCCUCCUGGGCUGCACCUCUGCAGUCCUGGCUGCUCCGACAGUGCAGUUUGGAGGCACUACUUUGAAGGGCACCACCUCGGGCCUUGGUGCCGUUGAGUUUUUCGGAGGCAUACCUUUCGCGCUGCCGCCGGUAGUCAACUCCAUCAAUACCACAAAUUUCGACGCUACGAGCUUCGGGCCUGCAUGCGCGCAACCACCCAGCUCCUCUCCCGUCGGUGCCACUGCGGAGGACUGUCUCUUCCUCAACAUUUUCCGGCCUAAGGGAACCACCAAGACUGACUCGCUCCCUGUUAUGGCCUGGAUUUACGGUGGCGGCUUCAGGUCCGGACAGACGUCCAUCUAUGACGCGACCGACCUCGUUGCGCAGAGUGUCACACGUGGGACACCCGUCAUUUAUGUCAGCAUUGCUUACCGCCUCGGUCCGCUUGGGUUCCCACAAGGCGCAGAGGCUGCUAGGCGUGGAGCGACUAAUCUGGGACUCAAAGACCAGCUCACUGGAAUGAAAUGGAUCCAGAACCACAUCAGCACGUUUGGUGGCGACCCGUCGAAGGUCACUAUCUUCGGCGAGAGUGCAGGCGCGAUCUCUAUAACGGAUCUCUUCUUCAACUCAAACCUCGAGAAACUAGCUCGUGCCGCCAUUUUCGAGUCGGGUUCGAGAGGAUCAAACACCUUCCAAGAUGCCCUCCGCCGCCAGCCUGUAUGGGACACCUUCGUUGCUAAUCUUCCUUCAUGCGCCGGAUCUACCACGGCGACCAAUUCGAAUGACGUGUACGACGCCCAGACGGUAGCCCAAAACUCGCUCAACGAGGUGUUCCAGUGGGUCCCCGUCAUCGAUGGCCCAGGGGGUCACUAUGCGAAGCUCCCGUUCAUAUCCGGCACGAACUCGACGAAGGUACGCCAUCUCAACACCACUGAGGAGAUCCUUGCGAGUUGUGCAGCCUUCUACCAGCCGUUCCUCGACCCGAUCCCAAAAUGGUUCGCCGACGACAUGACGGAGUUCUUCGCGCUCUACCCUGACAACCCUGCCGCGGGCUCGCCUUUCGGCACGGGCAACGAGACCUUCGGCACGGGGGCUGAAUACAAGCGCGGCGCGGCGCUCAUGGGAGAUGCGGCGUUCCAGGCUCCGCGUCGAGCGUGGAUCCAAGCCGCGAGCAAGGCCGGCGUUCCGGCGUUUGGAUACCUCUUUGCGGACCAGAACGUGGUGCCCGCUCUCUUUCCGUACCUGGGAGUGUACCACUCUACGGAGAUCUCGUAUGCCUACGGCACGGUACAGCAGACUACUCUCAACCCCCAGGUGAAGCAGCUCAGCUCGGCGAUGAUGGACUACUGGCUGUCUUUCGCAACCAGCCUCACUCCGAACGAUGGGAAGGGCACACCUCGGUCGACGUGGCCUCAGUACACUCCCGGAUCUCAGAACCAAACGUUCGCGGAGUUGGCGAUCAUCCCCGACACCUACCGCGCGGACGGGAUCGGCUUCGUCAUUUCCCAUCCCUCCACUUUCGGACAGUAA